CGACCAGGGCGCACGGCGCGGGGUCGAGGGCGGCCCUGGGCCUCUCGUUGCCGCUCUCGCGGCGGCGGAGGAGAAGCCAGGAGGAGGUGCCCGCGCCGGCGGAGCUGCGGGAGGCCGAGCCCCCGGACGCGUCGGCGGCCAAGGCCGGGCCGAUGUCCGGACAUUGGCUCAACCACGGGGACUGGUUCGAGCUGUGCACCCUCCUCGGCCUGUCGCCGCCCGCCGCGCGGCGGCUCUUCGAGCUGCUGGGUGCGCCCUGGGGGGCGCUGAGCCUGCACGAGAUGGCCAAGGCUCUGGACGCGACGGUCGCCCCCAACGCGUCCCUGCCCGGCUUCAUCAUGAGAGUCAUCUCCGAGUACGGCUCUCUGCGCAGAGCAUUCGUCGCCUCAACCCUCAACAACGACAGGGUCAUGCGCCUGAGGGAGUUCAGGGGCCUGGCAGCCGCCGUUCACGUGAGCGAGGCGAACGCCGAGAGGCUCUGGCAGGUGUUCCAGGCGGGGCCGCCCGCCGCGGGCGCCGCGGCGGCGACCGCCGCGACGCCGGGGAUGUCCACGGCCGCCACGCCGUCGCACUGGCUAACAGCC